GCACGCACAGCUGCACUUUCAAAUGCAACGGCUUGUGUACAAUGUCUCUCCACAGUUGCACUGUCAACCACGUUUUUAUUCGCUCAUGGGUCGUUGUGCUGGGAGGGGGGAAGGUCCAGAAAUUUUUGUUGCAGAGACCUGCGUGAUUGGUGUGAUUGGACCUUUUUAGAGUGCGAAUUGUGUGUGGUCACUGCAGUGGCCCCUCCUCAGGACGCAAGGGAAUUGAGUUUUCACGCUGGCUUUCCUACUCCGUCGCUGCUUCCCCAGGACUCGAAUCCUGACAUCCUCCUGCCAAUUCAACAACCGCUUCUUCUCCAGGUCGACCGGUCUCUAUAAAUCCUUCAAGAUGUCCGAAAUCGCUCACCCCACGAUCCAGGAUGGCUGGUUCCGCGAGAUCUCCAACAUGUGGCCUGGCCAGGCCAUGACCCUCAAGGUCGAGAAGGUUCUCCACCACGAGAAGAGCUUGUAUCAGGAUGUCCUGAUCUUCAAGUCCACUGACCAUGGCAACGUCCUCGUCCUCGACAACGUCAUCCAGUGCACCGAGCGCGAUGAGUUCUCCUACCAGGAGAUGAUCACCCACCUCGCCAUGAACUCCCACCCCAACCCCAAGAAGGUCCUCGUUAUCGGUGGUGGUGAUGGCGGUGUCCUCCGUGAGGUCGUCAAGCACGACUGCGUUGAGGAGGCCAUCCUCUGCGACAUCGAUGAGGCUGUCAUCCGUCUCUCCAAGCAGUUCCUCCCCCACAUGUCUGCUGGCUUCGAGCACCCCAAGGUCAAGGUCCACGUUGGUGAUGGCUUCAAGUUCCUUGAGGACUUCAAGAACACCUUCGAUGUCAUCAUCACCGACUCCUCCGACCCCGAGGGUCCCGCCGAGUCUCUCUUCCAGAAGCCCUACUUCCAGCUUCUCCACGACGCCCUCCGCGAGGGUGGUGUCAUUACCACACAAGCUGAGAACCAGUGGCUCCACCUUCCUCUCAUCACCAAGCUCAAGAAGGACUGCAAGGAGGUCUUCCCCGUCGCCGAGUACGCCUACACCACCAUUCCCACCUACCCUUCCGGCCAGAUUGGCUUCAUGGUCUGCUCCAAGGACCCCAACGCCAACGUCAAGGUUCCUCUUCGUUCCUGGUCCCAGGAGGAGGAGGAGAAGCUCUGCCGCUACUACAACUCCGAGAUUCACAAGGCCAGCUUCAUUCUCCCCACCUUCGCCAAGAAGGCCCUCGAGUAAAGAGCUUGCUUUGACGAAAGAUAAACAAAAACUGGUGAUGACGAUAUGACGUGGUCAUGGCACCGAAUCUUCAUGGCCAGGACUGCAUAGCACAGUUUCCAGGAAUGGAAAGGGGGGGCAGUCGAGAUAUGUUGGCGGAUCUCCAAUGUGCUUCUGGCUACGACCAAAGAUAGCGGCGUCAGCGCAGGGAAAGGGUGCUCUGGAAACAUCGCCCUCCUGGAUAACCCUGCGCGCGAGGAACUGUUUGAACCAAAAUAUAUCGGAUUCGCCUCGCAAUGUUACGUACAAAUCAGAAAUUGAUGUGACCGUCAUACGAAUGAGCAAAUGUUCAGGAUGUACCGCAUAUUCUCAGAGGAUUUGAUUUUACUCAAGCCAAUCCUGUAAUUGGAUCGGUCCCGAGAAACCCUGCGACCCGC